CGCAGGAGCGCGCGUGCACGCCACUAUCCGACUCCGAGCUGUCAGUAAGCGGAGCUCUAUAUCACAUCUCUCACCCGGCGGCGCGCGCGCGCACACAAACAAACACGGCGACUUAAAGGGGCUUCGUGUCCUCGUGAGAUUUUUUUGCGUGUGCGUUCUGAUCUUUUUAUGUUCUAAAGAGAAAAAAAAUCUCUUACUGAAACCGUUUCGGACAUGGAUUCGGUGCGGUCAUAAAAAUAAACCACGAAGAAGGCGGAUUAACUGGACAAAGCGAGCCGAGAAGAUGAGCGCGAGCACAACGGCGUCGUGUCGCUUCGCCCAUUACUUCGUGUUAUGUGGACUGGACAACGACACGGGCCUCGAGCCUGACGCCUUGGCGGCUUUGUACCAGUGGCUAGAGGCAGAUCGUCAGGGCAGAGACCCAGAGGCGGUGACGGCAGGAGAGAACUUUGACCAGAGUCCCUUAAAACGGACCUUCAAAUCCAAAGUGCUGGCUCACUACCCAGAGAACAUCGAAUGCAGCUCUUUUGACCAGGAUGCUGUCAACAUGCUCUGUAUGCCUAAAGGUCUGUCGUUCCGCACUCAAAAGGACUCCCUGACCCCGAAGUUCCACUCGUUUCUAAUCACGCGUGAGGACGGCUCUCGCACCUAUGGCUUUGUUCACACCUUCUAUGAGGAGGUGACCAGCGCUCAGAUCCGUUCCGCUAUGCAGACGUUGCACCAGAUGCACCAGGCAGAGCACACCUCAUCCCACACCUGCCCUUCAUCCUCCUCGUCAUCCUCUUCCAGUAUGGACUCGCUAACCAGCAGUUCGGACGAAGCAGAGUCUCUGUCGUCUGCCUGUUCUGUGAGUCGGCGUUGUUGCAAAUCUCAGAGCUACGAUGCCGAGCAGGACACUCUGUAUGUCUCUAAAGCACUGUGUCUAAUCACACCCAUGCCCUUUAUGCAUGCGUGUCGCCGCUUCCUGGCCCAGCUGCACAGGGCUGUUACGGCACAGCAGCCGCCUCCUUUACCUCUAGAGAGCUACGUACACAAUGUGCUUUAUGAAGUCCCGCUUCCGCCUCCUGGGCGCUCCUUAAAGUUUCACGCCGUUUAUGAGCCCAUCGUAUGUCAACGGCCAGGACCGGCUGAGCUCCCGUUGGCAGAUUUUCCCCUGGGCGAGGCUUUCCGGCUGCUAGGCGUUGAAAACCUGGUGCAGCUCUUUACCUGCGUCCUGCUCGAGAUGCAGGUUCUGCUUUACUCGGAAGAUUAUCAGAGGUUGAUGGUGGUAGCAGAGGGAAUCUCCACGCUGCUCUUUCCAUUCCAGUGGCAGCAUGUGUACGUUCCUAUCCUGCCUGCAUCCCUGCUGCACUUUCUGGAUGCCCCUGUGCCCUAUAUCAUGGGCUUACAGUCGAAAGAGGGCACAGACCGCUCCAAACUGGAACUGCCUCAAGAGGCGAACCUUUGCUUCGUGGACAUUGACAAUCACUGCCUGGAGCUGCCUGAGGAUUUCCCCCAGUUCCCCAACAAGGCUGAGUUCAUCCAGGAGCUAAGCGAACUACUGCUGAGUUACGGCCUGUCGCUAGAAGGAGGCGCUUCUUCACCCCCGCCUGCCUCCACUCAGACCCAUGUGACCGGCCCUGAAGCCCUGAGAGACUUGGUGGACGACGGGAGGAACGGAAAUCUGCCGUCAGAUGUUGCGGACAUGCUGCAGGGAAACCCCACUCUGGAGCGCCUUCAGGCUCUAGCCAAGCGCACGGGGGUGAAGGUUGCACGUCUGGAGGAGCUGGCGGCCAGGCAGAAGCCUUUGGUGGAGGAAAACACGGCGGUGUUGAGGACUGGCAUCGAACAGGAGGAGUUGAGGAAUGCCAAGCUAAACGUGCAGCUCAGGGAGGUGUUUGCUGCUCGCUUUGUUGCGAUGUUCGCCGACUACGAGGCCUUCGUCAUUCAGAACUCUCCAGACCUGGAGUCCUGGCUCUCCAAUCGGGAGCAGAUGCACAACUUUGACAAGGCUUCCUUCCUGUCAGACCAGCCAGAGCCAUACCUACCUUUCCUGUGUCGCUUCAUCGAGACCCAGAUGUUCGCCACCUUCAUUGACAAUAAAAUCUUGUCCCAGUGGGAGGAAAAGGAGCCCCUUCUGCGUGUGUUUGAUGGACGCAUCGAGAAAGCUCGCCUCUACAAUGUACGAGCUCCCAGCCUGCGCUCCUCCGUCUACCAGAGGUGUAGCUUCCUCAGCGAGUCCGCUCAGGCCAUUGAGCAGCGUCUGGUGAAAAUCGACCACACAGCCAUUCAUCCUCACUUGUUGGAUAUGAAGAUCGGUCAGGGCAAAUACCAGCAGGGCUUUUUCCCUAAGCUGCAGGCAGACGUGCUCGCCUCGGGUCCCACCAACAACAACAGGUGGACUAAUCGCACCGCUCCUGCUCAGAGACGGAGGGACUGGCACAGGCAGCCGAACGAUCAUCACGGCCUGGACAACGACCUCAAAGAGCCGGUGGAGGGGUGCUCAUUCGUGCAGAGCUCUACAGCUUCCCUGGAGCGUGUCAAAGCAACCAGGCCUCAUGCUAAACCACCCAAAAAGUCCUACUCCACCUGCAGCCUGAAAUACAUACAGGAGGCUCGUAGCCUUGGUAAAAAUCUACGGCAGCCCAAACUUUCUGACCUUUCACCUGCGGUCAUCGCACAGACUAACUCCAAGUUCGUAGAAGGAUUACUGAAGGAGUGCAAAAUGAAGACUAAGCGGAUGUUGGUGGAGAAGAUGGGUCGAGAGGCUGUGGAGCUCGGCCACGGUGAGGCCAAUAUCACCGGGCUGGAGGAGAACACGCUCAUCGCUAGUCUGUGUGACCUGCUAGAGAGAAUAUGGAGCCAUGGCCUGCAGGUCAAACAGGGGAAGUCUGCAUUAUGGUCCCAUUUAAGGCAUUACCAGGACACAGUGGAGAGGAUGGAACAGCAGCAGCAGGUUGACUCAUCAGCAUCUAACGGACAAGACAAACGGAAGUCGGAGUCGUCCAUUGGCCUGCCAGUGCUGCGUGUGUCAGUCAUACAGGACAUGAGACACAUUCAGAGCAUGGGGGAGAUCAAGACUGAUGUAGGGAGAGCACGAGCCUGGAUUCGUCUGUCCCUGGAGAAGAAGCUGCUUUCCCAACACCUAAAACAGUUGCUUUCUCACCAAGCUAUAACAAAGAAGUUGUAUAAGCGAUAUGCCUUCUUGAGGUGUGAAGAAGAGAAGGAGCAGUUUCUCUUCCAUCUGCUGAGUCUGAACACAGUGGACUACUUCUGCUUCACCAGCGUCUUUACCACCAUCAUGAUUCCGUACCGUGCCGUCAUCAUCCCUAUCAAGAAGCUGAGUAACGCCAUGACCACGUCGAAUCCCUGGGUGUGCGUGUCAGGUGAACUAGGAGAUUCAGGAGUCAUGCAGAUCCCAAAGAACGUUCUGGAAAUGACGUUUGAUUCUGCCUUUAGGGCUCACACGCACCUCUCCAUCCCCUUCAAGUGUCAGAACCUUGGGAAGCUGACGACGGUGCAGUUGGGACACGAUAAUGCUGGGCUCCUGGCCAAGUGGCUGGUGGACUGUGUGAUGGUUCGCAACGAGAUUACGGGACACACGUACAAAUUCCCUUGCGGUCGGUGGUUGGGGAAAGGUGUAGACGACGGCAGUCUUGAGCGAAUCCUGAUCGGUGAAUUGGUGUCUCCAUACCAUGAGGAGGAGGCGGGACGGGGUUCAAAGACUCCGCCCGCUCAGCGCUCCCCCUCACAAAUCCGUCGUAUCAGCAUCAGCGCCAUCACGGGCCGAGGCAGCAAACCGACAGCUGAUCAGAUACAGGAAGCCAUCAGUGAAGCGGUCAACAACAUCGUGAAACAUUUCCACAAACCAGAGAAAGAGAGAGGGAGUCUGACAGUUCUACUGUGUGGAGAAGGAGGUCUGGUGGGAGCUCUGGAGCAGUUCUUCUACCACGGCUUUCGCACAGCUCGUCUCUUCCAGAAAAGCAUCUUUCUCUGGGACUUUAUUGAGAGGACAGUGUUGUACAUGGAGAGUUCUGAUCAGAUGGGUGAUCUGCAGCGACUUACUGAACCCCUCAGCUCGAGCCGCAACUCUCUCUGUCGCUAUGCCAACGCUAUCAACAAUACGUCGCGCAACUUGGGCAAAGAUGGCAAGUUCCAGCUUCUCAUCUGCCUUGGGGCAAGAGAUCGUUUGCUGCCUCAUUGGCUCCCCCUGCUGAUCGAGAGUCCCAUCAUCAUUCGUAUGUACGAGGAGACAGCGUUGCUGCGUGACAAUCUCGCCGCCAACUCUCUCAUCAGCGUCCUACACUCUCUGCAUGACUUCCGCAUAACUCUAGAGACCUCUCUCACAAAAGGGGUAGAGCUAUAGCCACGCAGAUACACUAAGAAUCCGUCUCCUCCUCCACCUAAGCCUCCUGAUCCUUACGCUGCCGUCGCUGCUGCCGCUGCCGCCCCUGCUGCUUUCCGGGAAAAACACGCUCCAGACUAACACGGCGUUUAAACAGCUGCUCUUAAAAGCGCAGACAAAUCAGGGUUCAUGCAGAAGGGAGAAAAGCGGUUUGGAGAUAAAGAAUUCUGUCAUGGCGUUUGAACUGCUCGGAGUUUCUCACUUUACCGAAGAAGAACCUUCUGGUUUGGACUGGUUUCUGAAUCCUUAUUGAUGUUGGACAGUCUCUUACUUUGCAUUCGUUCUUAGGACAGCUAAAAAGAAGGGAAAAAAACACACCAGCGCUUCAUGUGAGCCUGUAGGAACAGAAUUCACUGAAAAAAAUGGUAUUAAUGGCUUUGCAGACAUUUAGUAUUAAGAGGCUUCAGAGGAAUUUAUUGCCUCUUUUACCAGAAGUCAAAUCACACCCUCAUUAAAGCAAUGAAUAACCAAAUAAAAUCAUUCUCGUAUAUUAUUUACGUGAGGAAAUUGGACAUUUGGAGAGAACACAACACACCUGGAUCGCCCGAGUCAAACCCGCACCCGAAGAUAACAUUCCAGCGACACGAAGCGUGAUCACAUGAAGAGAAUUCUAGAGGAGGAUUUUUAUUAUUUUGCCGUUCAGUAUUAAUUUGAAUUGUGUUGGAAGAAUUAUGUAGACUAUUAUAUUUAUCAGAAAACACUGGAAAUGGGGGGGGGGGAGCAAUAACGCAUAAUUUUCUGAACUUUCCUGCUUUCAUAAGGGCAAAUAUUUAACCACUUAAUUGGGCAGCUUUUUUUUUCCCUUACCAUGUGUUUUUAUUUUUUUAUUAUUUUUUUUCCUUCUUAUUUUUGGAGCCAAUAUUAAAGCUAUUCUAAGCAAGCUAUUUGUCCUGCUGUAAUUUCAGCUAAUUUUUCACAGGUUCUUCUGAUUUGGGGCUCCAACACAAAAAUAUUCUCUCUCUCACACAAACACACACAUGUGCGCGCAAACACACACACAGUCACAUGUAUUAAAAGAUGGACAUUAAUGAAAUCCACGGACUGAGCUAAAGGAUCCUGUGAGUUAUGAAAUUGUUUGUCCUGCCAUGUGAACUCAUUAAACAGUGUUUAAUUUCUCUGAUUUUCCACCAGUGUAUGCCGGAGGCUGCUUGCGUGAUGGUUUCUUUUCUUUCUUUUCUUUUAAUUCAUGAUUGCUUCUGUGUAAUAUUUAUUUAUUUUUAAACAAUACUUUUGUGACACUGGCUGAAGAUUGUAUAGAGCUGGAAAUAAAGGCGGUUUAAUUAAUUUAGUCACUUUUAUAUGACACUUUUUAGCAAAAUGUCUUCCAAAGGCCUGGCUUUUGGUUGGAUCAAGAAGCUGUCACGAUAGACAUCACGUGUUAACACGGGUUCCGUGUGUGUUUACAAAGAAAUGACAAAUUAUGUAGUUUGUAAAUAAAAUACAUUUUGCUAAAAAGUGUUUAUUUACCAUAUUAAGCAAGAAGUUAUAAUGAAUCACUUCCUGUUCCAUAUUUUCUGGCUCAGUGUGGUUGGUUCUGACUCUGUGUAAUAUUGGUGUAAACUGAGCCGUGUAAAAUUCAACAAACAUGUUUGUUUCCUGUUUAAAAAAAAAAGAAAAAAAGGUGUUGACGCAGCUGGCAAACAUGAUUAUUACACUGGAUCAUUCCCUUUUGCCUUUUAAUGCUGUUGCAUGCUGGAGCUGGGAAUUUUAGUUGGGGAUUAGUUAGCUCCACUUUGGGUUCAUAUCUUUACCAGGAUCUUAACCACUUUGUAGGACUGUUUGUUUUCCUUCAUGAUGAUUCCAAUGAUUGUGAACUGGAGUUUAUUUUCCCAUCUGUCAGGAAGCAACUGCUGUUAUGUUCAUGAUGUUUAUGGAAACUUUCAUUAAAAUCACUGUGUGUUUAAACUUC